CAAUUGAAUAAAAAAUGUGUAAAGAGGUUAUAAACCCAAUACCUUAAAAUUCCACGAAAAAAGGCUGAUUGCCUCGAUCCUAGGAUGUCAGAGGGGAGUAUAUUUUCAGCAGCAAUUGCGAUAACUACGAUAUGAGUCGUUUGAGCACUUUUGAAGAAGCAACACGAUGCCUUGAAGCAGCAGCAGUUGAGUGCAAGAAAACAGAAAAUGUUGAUCUAGAGUUGUUGAUUGGUGAAUACCAAAAGAGUGCAGAGUACGUUGAUAGUUUGAAUGCAUUGGAACAAAGACCAGUAAUAAAGAAUGCACUAGAGCAGCUGUCUCUGAGUCAAGCCCAUAACCUUAAYAUUGUACUGGCAAAACAGUCACAGUUGAAUCAAGCUGGGUUGAUUCCAACAUCACAAGAAAAAGGAUCAUCAGGCAAUGAUGAAAAAGCAGCACCUAAUACGAACAGUCGUAGGAUUGCUAUAGAAGAUACUAUUGUAGCAAGAGAUGGUAUCAGUUUUUCUGAUGUGGCUGGCCUUGCAGUAGCUAAAGAGACUUUACGAGAAGCAAUCAUUCUGCCUCUGCAAUACCCACAUCUAUUUACAGGUGGGAGGAAACCAUGGAGAAGAAUCCUGCUUUAUGGCCCACCUGGUACAGGGAAGACAAGACUGGCUCAAGCUGUUGCAUCAGAAGUGAACUCAACGUUUUACAGUGUGUCAAGUUCUGACCUCAUUUCAAGCUGGUUUGGUGAAAGCGAAAAGUUAAUCAAAGAGCUCUUUCACGAUGCUAGAGAGAGACAAGGAAGAUCAGUUAUUUUCAUAGAUGAGAUUGACAGUGUCUGCAGGAAAAGAUCUGCCAGAGAGGAGGAACACACCAGGAGAAUCAAGACAGAACUCCUAAAACAGAUGGAGGGUGUYGAAAGUCCUGAAAAUGAACAUUAUUUCUUACUCUGUGCUACUAACUGUCCUUGGGAACUGGAUGGUGCWUUCCUCAGGAGAUUUCAAAAGAGAAUUUAUAUUCCUCUUCCAGACAAGGAAGCAAGAACUACCUUAAUGAAAAUGCACCUGGGAUCCACUCCUGCAAAACUGACAGAGUCAGACUGGUCCCAACUUGGUGAUAAAACAGAGGGGUAUUCAGGGAGUGACUUGGCUAACUGUACAUCAGAUGCACUGUUUGAACCAGUCAGAGAGCUUCAACAUGCAACAUACUGGCRACAGAACCAGGAAGGUUUGUAUGAGCCCUGUAAUGAAGGAGAUGCUGGUGCAUCUAAAACAACCUUAUGURAUAUUCCACCAUCAAAGAUUCGACCUCGUCACGUUAUACUUGAAGACUUCCUUAAAUCCCUGACACACAAUCAAAGCACUGUUACAGAAGAAGACAUGCAACGAUACCAGRCAUUUACACAAUCAUUUGGACAGAAAGGAUGAAUGAAAUAAAGAAAAACUGAACAGGCUGACUGAAUGAAAAAAAUAGGAAUCCUUUAGAUGACCACAUCAAAAUCAAAUCMAACUCUGAUUGUGUCCAUAUGAAUAGAGAGCUUUAUAAAUAAAAUUUAAUUUAAAACCUCC